UCAAAGACCGACAUGACUUUGGGACUGCGCUGGCACUGUUUCCUUGGCGGUGGGGAGCAAACUUGAGGUGCAUUGGUCAACGCAAGGGGCUGCCUAUAGAGAACCGUCUUUGUAUCCCAUCCCGGACAAGUUGCUACCACCCACCUUCUUCCCAAGAUGGCGGAUCUGAACCGGCAACUGCAAGAAUACUUGGCCCAGUCUAAGGGGGGCAGUGGCUCGGCCGUCCCGCCGGCACAUCAGAGCCCACCGCAGGAUAAAACAGAGGAGUCUGGGUCCGGCUUGGGAGCUUGGUUUGGCCAGAUGAACCCUUUCCCCGCAACAGGAACGUGGCCUUGGGCGGCGGAGCCGGAGCCGGACCCGUGGCUGCCGACCGGUCUGUCCCGCUGGCAGCGCCUGGUGGGGAGUGCCUUGUGUCUGCUGUUGGCCGUUCUUUGCUUCAGCCUCGCCGCUCUCUAUGGCUCGCUGCUGCUGCUCAGAAAGUUCGCGCUGCUUUGGUCCCUGGGCUCGGCCUUUGCGCUGGGGGCUGCGGGCUUCCUACGGGGCCCGAGUCGUCUCCUGGGUGAGCCUGACCGCCGUGGCCUGGCCCUUCUUUACUUGGGCUCUGUGGGCGGCACCCUCUAUGCUGCACUCGGUCUCCGGAGCACCUUGCUCACCACUCUGGGCGCCGGCAUCCAGUUGGUGGCCGGUGGCGCCUAUUUGCUGGCCUCUCUGCCUGGGGGCGCCGCCGGACUGCGCUACGUCGGCGGGUUCUUGACCGGUUUUGUGCGGCGGCGUGUGUCGAAAACGCUCCCCGUGUGAGGGCGGCUGUUGAGCUGAGCCCCUCUCCUGGAUGGAUGCUUGUGGGGGAAGAAAGCUGAUGUCUAUGCAGUGGGGUCCUGAGACCUGCUGUAAGCUAGUGCAUGGCACAGGAUACAAUCCCAAAAACCGGUGGAAGGAAAACAUCCAAUUCUUCCUUCCAUAGACGUGCUUGUCUCAGUUCCAGAAGGGUUGCCAUGUUUUGGGUCUGAUUUAGCAAAAGUAAUUUUGUAUCGUAUGUUUUUUGUCCUUUUCCUAUGAUCGCUCUUUACUGUUUUAACAUUGAUAGAUUAAAGGGCAGGGGGGCUGUAUUCCAGACUGUGUUCCCGUAUGUUUUUGCACUAAUCACCUGGGCUCAUAACAUUAAAAACAACAACAACACUAUUCUGAAUAAUGUUCUACUGUAGUAGCCCUCCUUAAUUGUCUGUGUCCUAUAAUUAUUCGUUAGCCGAUGCAAUCUAAAUUUGGUAUACGCGACACAAUUUUAAAGAAACUGUAUAGCAUCUUAUUAGAAAAAGAUGAAGUGCUAAUAUCUAAUCUUGAAGAUAAUACCAUUCCUCCAGGAUUUGUAUUAAAAGUUUCUACAACCUUUAAAAAAAAAUGAACAGAAUAUGAACAGAAUGUUUCUGAUAUCUAAAGUGAUGUUGGGAGGAUUUCUAGCUUUCCAAUGAUUUUGAUUGCAGUGCUCCAAUAAUACUUGUUAAUGCAGUUAUUCAGAUUAGGCAGUAAUGUACCUGCUCUCUCCCUAACGGGGCUCACUGUUCCCAUUUUUCUGUCACUGCCUUGAAUACCGUGUGCCAAAAAGAGUCCAAUAGACCCCUUUUAUAGCAUGCAACAUAAUGGUUGCUGAACUUGCACAGUUGCCUACAUUCUUUGUUUCCCUAAUGCUCAGUUACUGCUAUGGA